AUGAAGGUUUAUGCGCCGAGUCUGCUCGCAUUGUUGCCUUUGGCACUUGCGGGUUCUCCCAAAUAUGACAUGGACUACAAGUCUCAUGAACAUAAAAUAGAGAUGGUCAAGUCAGCUAUGUUGGCCUCAAUUAGAACGAGUUGGGAGCAAGGAGUUGCAGCAGACGCUAUAGCUGAACAUGAGUUUCCUGAGUACUCUGUCUACGGGUAUGACGAGAGCACUAUGAAACCGUUUUCAUACCCGUGCCCUCAGUCUGCUCGCAAGCAGUUACCAUUGCAAGUCAUUCAGUUCGGGUUGAGUGCUGCCGUGAGGCAGAGCCCCGACGGAAGGCUCAGUCAAUUGAUUAACGAUGCUCUCGAUGGCGCGGCAUUGGAUGGAGCCUCCGCCGGAUUAGCAGUGCUGGUUGGGAAAUAUGUAAAGAACUCGUAUUCAGAUUACUUUGGUGAGGCUGCACUCAAGCAGUUAAAUUACGUUCUAUAUACUGUUCCGCGCACGUCGACCGGGGCUAUAUCUCAUCGCGCGGCUACUCCAUCCUACUGGGCCGAUGCAGUAUAUGUUGGCUUUCCUUUUAUUGCGGCAUAUGGUGCCGCAACAAAAAACGAAACUUUACUUCAGAUUAGUUACGACCAAUGUCGUCUGUACCGGGACGCGUUACGCAUCCCUGAGGCUGGGAUUUGGGCUCACAUUUACAACGAUGACACAAAGUCCUUUGGUGACAAGGGUCUAUGGGCUACUGGUAAUGCCUGGGCAGCUAAGGGGAUGCUCAAUGUGGCCACUAUCAUCGAAAAGUCUGGUACGAACAUGACCGCUCAGGUAUCCGACCUCAAGAGCUGGGUCAAAGAGAUUCUCGAUGGAACAUGUGCCCGCUUGGAUUCCGACAAUUUGGUCCCUAAUUAUAUGGACAACACUGGCCGCCCGGGCACCAAUGAUACAUUUGGAGACGCUGCUGGUUCGGCACUUGUGGCUGCCACCGCAUAUCGUGCCGCCAACAUGUGGCCCGCCGAUUUUGGGAGGAACUACACAGACUGCGCAGAAAAAAUCAAGCAAAGCGUGAUGGAGAAGAUUACAGAUCUUGGUCUUAUUCACCCCAUUGUUGACCCCGUUUCGUGGCACCAACAGGGCAUCCUUGGAACUGAGGCACAAGCGUUUGGAGUUAUGAUGUAUGCGGCCUGGAGAGACUGGUCGAAAUCGUUCCAUGCAGGACGGUUCAGCUUGAAGGUCAACCGUGCUCACCAUUUCAGUCACGAUUUGUCCCAUGGGGGUCUAUUUUAG